CCCUCCUCCCUCUCCAUCCCCCAUCGGCGUCUGGGCCUCAUCCCCUUCUCUGUCUCCCUCUCCUCCCCCAUUACUUCCCCAGACACUGACACCCCAGUACUCCAGUCUCCCCAGUCUCAGCUUUGGUCUCCAGCCCCGUCUGCCCGAGGAUUUGCCUGAAGGUCGCCCCCAACUCUGCACCCGCCCUCCCCGAGGGCCACCGAGGACCAUGACUAAGACAGAUCCUGCCCCGAUGGCCCCUCCACUCCGAGGAGAGGAGGAGGAAGAGGAGGAGGAGGAGGAACCUGUGCCCGAGGCUCCCAGCCCCACCCUGGAGCGCAGGCAGAAGCCUGUUGUGCACCCCUCCGCACCUGCCCCCCUUCCCAAAGACUACGCCUUCACCUUCUUCGACCCCAACGAUCCCGCGUGCCAGGAGAUCCUGUUCGACCCACAGACCACCAUCGCUGAGCUUUUUGCCAUUGUGCGCCAGUGGGUACCCCAAGUCCAGCACAAGAUCGAUGUGAUUGGCAAUGAGAUUCUGCGUCGAGGCUGCCAUGUGAACGAUCGUGACGGGCUGACCGACAUGACGCUGCUUCAUUACGCGUGCAAGGCUGGGGCGCACGGAGUCGGGGACCCCGCGGCGGCGGUGCGUCUCUCACAGCAGCUGCUGGCCCUGGGCGCCGAUGUGACCCUACGCAGCCGCUGGACUAACAUGAACGCGCUCCACUAUGCUGCGUACUUCGACGUGCCGGACCUCGUCCGCGUGCUGCUGAAGGGAGCCCGGCCGCGAGUGGUGAACUCCACGUGCAGUGACUUCAACCACGGCUCAGCCUUGCAUAUCGCUGCUUCCAACCUGUGCCUGGGCGCCGCCAAAUGUUUGCUGGAGCACGGUGCCAAUCCAGCGCUGCGGAACCGAAAGGGACAGGUGCCGGCGGAGGUGGUUCCAGACCCCAUGGACAUGUCCCUGGACAAGGCAGAGGCGGCCCUGGUGGCCAAGGAACUGCGAACUCUGCUGGAGGAGGCCGUGCCGCUCUCCUGUGCCCUGCCCAAGGUCACGCUCCCCAACUAUGACAACGUCCCAGGCAAUCUCAUGCUCAGCGCCCUGGGCCUACGCCUGGGAGACCGCGUGCUGCUGGACGGCCAGAAGACAGGCACACUGCGGUUCUGCGGGACCACGGAGUUCGCCAGCGGCCAGUGGGUGGGUGUGGAGCUGGAUGAACCAGAGGGCAAGAACGAUGGCAGCGUUGGGGGUGUCCGGUACUUCAUCUGCCCCCCCAAGCAGGGUCUCUUUGCCUCUGUGUCCAAGAUCUCCAAGGCCAUGGAUGCUCCCCCCUCGUCCGUCACCUCCACGCCUCGGACUCCCCGAAUGGACUUCUCCCGUGUCACUGGCAAAGGUCGCAGGGAACACAAAGGCAAGAAGAAACCCUCGUCAUCCCCGUCUCUGGGCAGCCUGCAGCAGCGCGAGGGAGCCAAGGCUGAGGUGGGAGACCAGGUGCUCGUGGCGGGCCAGAAGCAAGGGGUUGUGCGCUUCUACGGGAAGACAGACUUUGCUCCAGGUUACUGGUACGGCAUCGAGCUCGACCAGCCUACCGGCAAGCACGACGGCUCUGUCUUUGGCGUUCGGUACUUCACCUGCCCCCCGCGGCAUGGAGUCUUUGCACCAGCUUCCCGGAUUCAGAGAAUUGGUGGAUCGACCGACCCCCCUGGGGACAGUAUUGGAGCCAAAAAAGUGCAUCAAGUGACAAUGACGCAGCCCAAACGCACCUUCACGACAGUCCGGACCCCGAAGGACAUCGCAUCAGAGAACUCCAUCUCCAGGUUGCUCUUCUGCUGCUGGUUUCCUUGGAUGCUGAGGGCGGAGAUGCAGUCUUAGAGGCCCUGGACAUAUAGCAAAGACACAGCACCCCCUCUCGUGUCUCCUGACAUAAGGAGCCCCCAUGUCACCCUGAGAUAAGAGAUCCCCAGUAACACAUCCAGAAUAGAGACCCCACUAGCCAGCCCUCAAUCACUGAGGCCCCAUUAUUAACAUGAUAACCCCCCAAAUACAGAACCCAUGUUAUCCAGAAAGAGAUUUCCUGAGUGUAGCACCUUCAGGCUAGUCCCUGUUCCCAGUCCCUCAGAGUAGACCCUCUAAUUAACAGAUUUCUACAUCACCCCAAAUGAUGGUGACCUCCACAUAAUGCUCCAUACCAGAAUAUUCCCAGGUCACUCAUCACUGGAUCAGAACCCCCACUAGCAAAGACACCCCCUCCCAUCAAGUCCCUGUGAAAUAAACACAGGUCAUACCUCCAGAGCAAUAGAGUCACAGGCCUUCAUCCCACAUUUAACAUCAGUUCCCUCAAGAUGCUGUGACCCUAGUGGUCAGCUCAAUUUCCCCGCCAUUAACAAAACCCCUGUUCUUACUCUUCAAGAAGAGACCCACAUUAACCGGCCCUACUGUCACCCCUAAUUUAUAGACACCAAAACAGUCCUGGAAGUGCUAAUUACAGGACCCCCAAGUCUUCCUGUCCUCUGCACCCUCAAGAAACCCCCAGUGCCUUGUAUGAAGCCCUCCCCACAUGGCCCAAAGCCCCUGUGCUGGCCAGGCUCCCAGAAAAUUCUCUAUUUUUUAAGUAAUGACUUCCCCCUUGGGGGACCCCAAAUUUGGAGACCCCAUUAUGACAUCCUGGGGAUCCUAAGCCCUAGAGUAAAUAACCAAACUCCCUUAUGCACCCUAGUUCCAUAACCCCUAGAAAAUCCCAAGGCCCUAACUCCCAGGACCCCCAAAUCAUGGAUUUUUGGGGAAAUCCCCAGGGAAUCCUAAAUUUAAAAAUCCAAUCCCAAACCCCCCAGGAAACCCCAAUUCUGGAGGUCCUUGUGCCCGGGAUGGAGGAGACUGCAACCAGGAUGUGCAUCCCAGGCAACCAAGGUACCUCCAGUGCUCUUCAUAGCCACCCGGAGACCUCAAACUGGAAUUCUCAACCCUGGAACCCCGGAGGACUUCGAUAUCAAGUCCAUGGAUCUCAAGACAUUAAAAUCCCAAAGCCCCAGCCCCAAGGGAACCCCCAAAUCCUACAGCCUCCAUCUUUACUACAUGAAGGGCCUCAAGGCCUUGAGGGGAUCCCUAAUCCUGGAGCCCUCACUUCAAUCUACCUUCUGGUCACAGGUUCAAAACACCCAAUCUGAGUAACUGGCCCCAAAGGACCUCACAGGCACCAGGGCCAGGCCAACAGCCUGAGGGAGACCCUGAAGACCCAGGGAGGUCCAGGGCGGACCUGGGGCCUUCACCACCAAGGACAGCUCACGACUGCCCCUUCACUGCAUGUCCCCUCAGCAUGACCCCUGCCCCCGUCAAUAAAGAUGUUUCUAUGGCU